AUGCAGCUGUCUAUGCUCAACAGCUUUAUUGUGUAUCAAAAGGAUGGUGGUCAAAAACCAUUCCUGGAAUUUUAAUGCGAAGUGAUUGCAGCCCUUAUCUUUGAAACUGGUGCUGACAUGGAGAUUCCUAGAAAGGAGCAUUUCGUAAGGCUUACUGAGCGUCACUUUGUUUCACCUGUUACAGAAACAGCCUCUAAACAAAAGCCUCAGAAGAGAUGCAGGGUGUGCUAUAAGAAAAAGGUUCGCAAGGACAGUCACUACCACUGUCCAAACCGUCCAAGCAGUCCGCGACUUUGUUACUAUCCAUGUUUUGAACUUUACCACACUAAAGUCAAUUACUGGGUGUGA